CUGAGAGGCGUGGGAGAGAAGCGCACAGAAACCUGACACACACAGACUCUGCUGAAUAGGCAGCAGAAGCCACCAGAUCUUUCUACACAAAGCUCGACUGCAAGGCCAGCAGGAAACAUGGACUGUGGCGUGAUCACCUCCAAGACAGUGCUGCUGCUGCUCAGCGUCAUCUUUUGGGCUGCAGCAGCUGGUCUUGGCUACGUUGGGGGAUAUGUUAUUAACACCUACAAGAAUUAUGACAGCUUCGUGCAGGACAAGUACACCAUGCUGCCAGCAGUGAUCAUCAUUUGUGUUGCUGUAGUGAUGUUUAUCAUUGGGCUGAUUGGCUGCUGUGCCACUAUCCGGGAGUCACGUGUUGGGCUGGGACUUUUCCUGGUCAUUAUCCUGAUUAUCUUUAUUGCAGAAGUGACAGCUUUUGUUAUGGGAUUCAUUUACAGAGAAAAGGUAAAAACAGAUGUGCAAGGCACAAUGCAUACAGUCUUCCAGAAAUAUGACGGGAAAAGUCCGGAGUCUGGUGUUGUGGAUUACUUGCAAGAACAGCUUCGAUGUUGUGGAGUAACUAACUACACCGACUGGACAGCCACCCAGUGGUUUAAUACCACUGGCAAUAACAGUGUUCCUCUGAGCUGCUGCAAACAAGACAUUAAGAACUGCACAGGACAUCUGAAUGAGCCACAGGAUCUCAAUACAAAGGGCUGUGCAGAGAAAGUGGAAAAUGGGCUACAGGCUGUAUUGAGCUAUGCUAUGCUCGUGAUCCUAGGAUUUGCCAUCAUAAAGUUCUUUGGAAUGCUGAGUGUCUGUGUGCUCACAUGCAAGAGGGAAGACAAUGGCUACCAACCCCUGUACUCAGGGGUAUUUGCUUGAUAAGACAAUGGAAAGAUCAUUUUUCAUCUGCUUCUUCGUGAUAAAAUGGAUUUGUAUAGAUGCCCCAAAUGGACAAUGUAUUACCCCUUUGUUAAAUACUGUAUUUUAUUUACGUGAGCAGAAAGAACACUGUUAAGAUUUGGAAAGGUUUUAAGUGUAUCCUAUGAAAUGACAGCUUCAGUGUGCAGUGUCCCUUGGUAACAACCUGAUUUCAUAUACCUUAACUUUCUUUAGGGCUGUUUCACACUCACAUGUGUGACAUUCCCUAAAACGACAGCAGAUGGUGUGAUAGGCUCCAAAAAGAAACCCUACUUCUUGCAAGUUUUACAUUUGUCAGACCUAUUUGUAACCUGAAACUCACAGAAGAAAUUGUUUUUAAUCAUUAAACUGAUAAUGCAGCCCUGGUGCAUUCUAAACUCUUUUCAAUAUUUCCAACAAGAAAUCAGUCCCAUGACAAAUGUUCAAGCAGCAAAAGAAAUCUG